UAAGUAAGUUCUCUGUCAGAGAGCUGAGAGCGGAAAGAAAAUUCCCAGGACGGGCCAUUAUUUCUCAGAAACAAGCACAGAUAAAUAAGGGUACAACGCUUUUGCAUUCUUGCAAAGUCCCGAUUGAAGCAGUGUUCUUAGCAGCUCUUGUUCCAGCUCUGCAGUUUUUGUUAAGAACCUCAGGCAAUCCUAAUGGGCCACUUGUUCCAGGGUUCAGUGGGUAAGACGUCUUUCCUUAAACACUAGAAAAUUCAGGUCAUCCUAUUUCUUCCCCUGCGGACAAGUAACGUCGCAGACAUGGCCCCAGAGAUUCACAUGCCAGAGCCCAUGUGCCUCAUUGGGAACACCGACGACGAACACCUAGUGACUAACCAGGAAGCCCUGGAGAUCCUGUCCGCCAUCACACAGCCUGUGGUGGUGGUGGCGAUCGUCGGCCUCUACCGCACAGGCAAAUCCUACCUGAUGAACAAGCUGGCGGGGAAGGAGAAAGGUUUUUCUGUUGGCUCCACUGUGCAGUCUCACACCAAGGGGAUCUGGAUGUGGUGUGUGCCCCACCCCCAAAAGCCAGACCACACUUUGGUUCUGCUUGACACCGAGGGCCUGGGAGAUGUGGAGAAGGUUGAUGAAAAGAGUGACGCGAACAUCUUCGCACUGGCAAUCCUCCUCAGUAGCACCUUUGUAUACAACACCAUGAACAAGAUUGACCAGGGGGCUAUCGAUCUACUGCACAAUGUGACAGAACUGACAGAUCUGCUCCGGACAAGAAAUUCCUCUGAUCCUAAUGAAACUGAGGAUCCUGAUGACGUGAGCUUCUUCCCAGACUUGGUGUGGACUCUGAGAGAUUUCUUCCUGGGCCUGGAAGCCAAUGGGCAUACCAUCACAUCAGAUGAAUAUCUGGAGAAUUCGCUGAAGCUGAAGCAAGGUAGUGAUGAAAGAACACAAACAUACAAUCUACCCCGGCUGUGCAUUCAGAAGUUCUUCCCAGUAAAGAAAUGCUUUGCUUUUGACUUUCCUGCUCGUGGCAAUAAGCUUUCUCAGCUUCAAAUGCUCAGUAGUGAGGAGCUGAAUCCUGAUUUUGUGCAGGACCUUUCAGAAUUCUGUUCUCACAUCUUCACCCAUUCUAAGACCAAGACUCUUCCAGGAGGCAUCCAGGUCAAUGGACCUCGUCUAGAAAGCCUGGUGCUGACUUAUGUUGAUGCCAUCAACAGUGGGACACUGCCUUCCAUAGAGAACAUGGUGGUAACCUUGGCCCGGAGAGAGAACUCAGCAGCAGUACAGAAGGCCAUUGUUCACUAUGACCAGCUGAUGAGCCAGAGUGUGCAGCUGCCUACAGAGACCCUCCAGGUGCUGCUGGACCUGCACAGGACCUGUGAGACAGAGGCCAUAGGAAUCUUCAGGAAGCAUUCUUUCAAGGAUGAGGACCAAUGUUUCCAGAAAGAAUUGGAGAGCCUACUACGUGCAAAGCAGGACGAGAUUUGCAAGAAGAAUGUGGAUGCUUCUGCAGCCCUCUGUUCAACCAUACUUCAGAAUAUUUUUAAACCUCUGGAACAAGAAGUGGCACAAGGGAUCUAUGCUAAACCAGGAGGCCACAGUCUCUACCUUCAGAGGAUGGAACAGCUGAAGGCACAGUACCGUCAGCAGCCAGGGAAGGGAACACAGGCUGAGGAAGUGCUGCAGAAAUAUUUGAAUGCCAAAGAAACAGUGAGCAAUACAGUUCUACAAACAGACCAGGCUCUCACAGCCAAAGAGAGGCAGAGGAAAGAGGAACAAGCAAGAGCAGAGGCUGCCCGGGCUGAAGCAAAGAGGCUGGAGGCUAUUCGCAUCCAGGAAGAGCAAAGGAGAGCAGAGCAGGAGAGAAAGCAUCAAGAGCAAGUGAGGCAGAUGGAAACUGAGAGAGCAAACUUUGAGAGGGAGCAACGGAGGAUCCGGGAGCAGAGGGUCAAGGAAGAGGCUGACAGGAUCAAGGCAAUGCAGGAAGCUCAGCUCAGAGCACUUGAACAGGAGCAUCAACGCCUGAUGGAACUGGCCGCCCAACACAGACAUAAUGACUGUAUUAUAAUCUAACACACCAAAACCUGUAUCCUUCCUUUCUUAUUACUUUUCAUUGAAGACACAAAGGAACAAGAGAAUGAAGGACGUCGGACGACCAAUAGUUAAGAAGCUCCAGUGUCCCCUGUCUAACUGCCAUAUUUGUCUCAAGAUAUCUUAAGUUACUCAGGGGGUGUUAAUCAAGUAGAACUUGGCCGAUGCCUGCCACUAACAUGGUAUCUCUUCUACUAGUGGACAUAGGAAGAAGGUGAAAAUGAGAAAUCAGAGACGAUUCGUAGUCCUCAACUGGGUGGAGGGCCCUAGUCCAUGGGCGGUAGGCUGGCUACUCAGUACAGUCAGCUCGCCAUCUGCAAGUUCUUCUUUCUUUCUAUGUUCUUUUUGGGAGCCCAAAUACAUUAUAGUCAACCUUGUCACAUGGUUAACUAUCGAUGUCACUCACUCAUGGAAGGAGAUUUGUUCCUCUUGGUUGUCUUUUCUGCAUCUAUCUUUUGCACGUGAUUAGUGAUAAAGAAAGUCUCUUUAUCACUAAUGCUUUGAUUUUCAUACACAAAAUCACCAUUUGGCUCUGUUUGUUUCCAUUUUUCUUCCUUAAAGUCUAUAAUUGCCCAGGUAUAUUGCUCACUUUCUACCAGAUUCUUAACCCCAGUAAUUAUACUGAUUUUAAAUCAUUUUGUUGAUUUAAAGUUUAAAGUUUUUAAAUGAUUUCUCACUAUUCUAAGCCUAUCUCUGUUCCUGGGUCUAUUUGCUUUAUUUCUUUAAAAUUAAAAAAAAUCUGUGCUUGGUUUAUCUGUGUGUCUGUGUGUUCUUUUAAUUACAUGUUGUACAUUGUUGGUAACAUAAUUAAGACAGAUAGAUUUAUGCUGGGAAUGCGCAUUUCCCUUUUAUAUUGAUGUAUCUGGCAAGCAUUGGCCCAGUGUAGUUGAUCAGCUGGAAAUAGCCUUAGUCUGUUCUAAUAAAAUAGCUCUUGCCUGUAUCCAUCCAGAAGACAAGAGAGAGAAAGAGAGAGAAAGAGAGAGAGAGAGAGAGAGAGAGAGAGAGAGAGAGAGAGAGAGAGAGAUGCCUGUUUAUGUUAGUCUCAUUCUGUUGCUCAAUAAAAUGGAAUAAAAAUAUAAAUUUCACUAAAUUGAUUCUCCUGUAUGUCUCAACUUCUUAUUCUUGCUUAUACUGAAAUUCAUGUGUAAUAGGACAGAAACACCGAAGCAGAAGCAAAAAAUGGAAACUGAGAUAAAAUGUAGCAUUUUUAGCAUUUAUAACUAUGUUGAUUAACAUUUGUUUUCUCAUUUUAAAUAAAUAUUUGCUUGGAGCUUGAA